AUGGCAGAUCCUCUUUCAAUACUGGGGGUUGUCUAUCCAAUCGCACAUGACCUCUUCACUCUUGCCAGUUACAUGAAUAAGGCAUACAAGGGAAUUCGUUAUGCGAAGCAAGAUCUCCAAAAAGUGAUCAAAAGAACGGAAGCAGUGGCCGAAACUUAUGAAUUUUUCAGUGAUACAAUGAAAGAUGCGAAGGGAAUUGAAGGAUCUAGCCCAAUCCUGGCACAACUAGUACAUAGCAACAAGCCCCUCGAUAGCCCAUCCACUUUCGAUUCCGGGUCACCAUCAACCUCGCCAGUGUCAAACCAACCUUCACCUAUUAUAACCCCUUCACCGCCUCUUCGCCACAGUGGAGGAGAUCAGGCAUUCGUCGUAGAGCCACAAGCCGGGGAGACAUCAUUUUCCAGGCGGAAUGUUCCGCGAAGAAGAAGAACUCGAUCAGAACCUCCCCAGAAGUUGAAACUCCAAAUGAAGGAAGCCCUGAGGAAGGAAUACAUGAGCGAGACCGAGAAAAAGAAGGCACAUACAUGCAAAUACCACUUUUUGGACCACCAGAACUUCGUCUUCACCCGCGUGUCAGACAACGUUCUCCGGAUGAUUCCAACCCGUCCGGCGGUAGACAUGACGAGCAAAAAGAUAGUCCCCGGCAUCAUGGAGAGUCCUAUUCAUUUUGGAGAAGACAAAAAGGCACCGCCAUAUCAGUAUAUGGCAACGAUGGUGAGGUGGCUCCUACUCAUAAAACGGGAUUCAUUGGCUGCCAGUAGAAAAGGGAAGAACAGAGCGGACCAGGAACUUCAUUCUUAUGCGUGCGUGGAUUCCAAGACCGGAGUCCCAACAUGGUGGCAGGUAUGA